AAGAGCUUCAACAAAAUGCUUUUAACUGCGGAUCUCGCACAUUUAGUUCCACUCCAGUCUUGAUUCUGACAACGCGGCACACAAACAUUCCCCGCAGUUGUUGAUUUCUUCCAACGAAACGUGGCCUAUUGGUGAAAAUUCAUUUUUUCUAUUCAACUCUGCUUUGAAAUUUUUUUCUGUGUAAUGUGUUACGUGCAUACAGCUAGUGCUUGUGCCUCCCACAUGAUGAUUCAAGUGUCCUUUUGGGAGGAUAAUUUACUGUGUUGAAGAGCAGCAGCAGCAGCAAAAAAGGGCUUCAGGAAAAUUCCAGGAAGUGCCUAGUUUGUGCUAUAUGAUGGAUCAUUUAAAUCUGUGCUAAUCUGGGUGUAGUGUGGGCAUAUAUUUAAUUUAAACUCUCGUUGAUGACUUGAUCUGCCUGAGCAACGUGUGCGACUCUCUCCCCCCAAACAAGCCUUCAGAGUUCUUUAAUUAUUUUUUGUAUUAAAAACGCGCCAAAAAAAUCCCUGCGAAAUGGCCAAAGUAUCCGCCGUGGAGGCAACACAGCCACGUGUUAGCUACACCGAGGCUGCAACCGCCGAGGAGGCCUCCGGCGACACAACGGACGAUGGGGUGAAGUUGAAGAAGGAGCUUGGACUCCUCGAUGGUGUGGCCAUCAUUGUGGGUGUUAUCAUUGGUGCGGGGAUCUUUGUCUCCCCAAAGGGAGUGCUGCAGUACAGCGGCUCAAUUGGGCAGGCCCUCGUCGUGUGGAUCCUCUCGGGGGUCUUGAGCAUGGUUGGCGCCCUAUGCUACGCCGAAUUGGGCACAAUGAUACCCAAAUCCGGAGGUGACUACGCGUACAUUGGUGUGGCAUUUGGACCCCUUCCGGCAUUCCUCUACCUCUGGGUGGCUCUGCUGAUUCUCGUGCCAACCGGGAAUGCCAUCACGGCGCUCACAUUUGCACAGUACCUCCUGCAACCCUUCUACCCCAACUGCGAUGCCUCCCUUGAUGCUGUACGACUCCUUGCAGCCGUUAUUACGUGCCUUCUUACGACAAUAAAUUGCUACAAUGUGAAAUGGGUGGCUCGUGUGACGGACAUCUUCACGGGAAUGAAGAUCUUGGCACUGCUGGUGAUCGUUGCUGUGGGAAUUUGGUACCUUUUGGGGGGUAACACGCAAAAUCUCGAGAAUCCCAUGGUGGGAUCAAAUUCAUCCCCUGGGUACAUUGCCCUGGCCUUCUACAAUGGCCUCUUCUCCUACUCCGGAUGGAAUUACCUCAACUUCGUCACGGAGGAACUCAAGGACCCAUAUAGGAAUCUCCCACGCGCCAUUUGCAUCAGUAUGCCCGUUGUCACCAUUGUCUACGUCAUCACGAAUGUGGCGUACUUUGCUGUCCUCAGCACGGAUGAGAUUCUCUCCUCAUUGGCCGUUGCGGUGACAUUUGCGGACAAAAUGUUAGGUUAUGCUGCAUGGGUGAUGCCCCUGUUUGUUGCCUGCUCAACAUUUGGAUCCCUCAAUGGGGCCAUAUUUGCCUCAUCGAGGUUAUUUUUCGUUGGAGCCCGCAAUGGGCACCUCCCGGCCGCCAUUUCCCUCAUAAACAUCAAUUACCUAACCCCCGUGCCUUCUCUCAUCUUCCUCUGCGUCAUCACACUCGUGCUCCUCUUCAUUGAUGACGUAUACGCCCUAAUUAACUACGUCAGCUUCGUGGAGGCACUCUUUAUUCUCGUCUCAAUCUCAGGCCUACUUUACCUGCGCAAAACACAGCCUGACGCCAAGAGGCCUAUAAAGGUAAAUCUCAUUCUUCCGCUGACUUUUAUGCUAACAUGUGGCUUCCUUGUGAUUUCUUCCUGCUACGUGUCGCCCUUUGAAGUGGGCAUCGGUACGGCAAUCAUCAUAUCCGGCAUUCCCGUCUACUAUGCCACAAUACAUCAUCCAAUUGCCGGACUUGGGACGGCAUCGCAGAAAAUAAAUAACUUCUGUGCAAAACUCUUCGUCUGUAUGCCAAAUACGGAGAAAAUUGACUGAUAUUUGGGACGAUUUUCGUUCGGCUGAUCGUAAAUUACGUGAAAGGCGCACAUAAUAUUAUUAUUAUUUGUAUUUCAUUUAAGAAAAUUGUAUAAAAAUUUUUAAAGGGAAAGAAAA